GCCAUGGUGGGGAUCCCGGGGAGCUGCCAGGGACCUUCCCAUCUGGGAUCCAUCUGUGUUUCCCUGGAAUCGGACAGGCGGCUCCAGGCAGUGAGAAAUCGCAGAUGUGCGGGACCUGACACAUGUCCAGCUAAUGAAAGGAGAAGGCAGGCUGGGCUCCGGCUGCGCUCGAAGAUCACGGGCGGCGGAGGAGGAGGAGGAGGAAGAGCGCUUUUCUUUCUAUUUGAAAGAAACGAGGUGUAUUGCACAGCAGCUGGAUCCUCGCAACCUCGCUGGGUAGGUUGCUGGUGAGAAGAGGGUGCCAGUGAUGCCCGGAUCGCCCGUGGAAGUGAAGAUACAGUCCAGGUCCUCUCCUCCCAACAUGCCGCCGCUGCCCCCCGUCAACCCCGGCGGCCCCCGGCCCGUGUCCUUCACUCCGACCGCACUGCCCAACGGAAUAAACCAUUCCCCGCCGACACUGAAUGGGGCCCCAUCCCCACCCCAGAGGUUCAGCAAUGGCCCUUCCUCAUCCUCCUCCUCCUCACUGACCAACCAGCAGCUCCCAGCCACGUGUGGAGCCCGGCAGCUCAGCAAGCUGAAGCGUUUCCUCACCACCCUGCAGCAGUUUGGGAAUGACAUUUCACCGGAGAUCGGGGAGAAGGUCCGGACCCUUGUCCUGGCACUCGUGAACUCAACGGUGACAAUCGAGGAAUUUCACUGCAAGCUGCAAGAGGCGACCAACUUCCCCCUCCGGCCGUUCGUGAUCCCCUUCCUGAAGGCCAACCUCCCUCUGCUGCAGCGGGAGCUGCUGCACUGUGCCCGCGCUGCCAAGCAAACGCCCUCCCAGUACCUGGCACAGCACGAGCACAUCCUGCUCAACACCAACACCACAUCUCCUGCUGACUCCUCCGAGCUGCUCAUCGAGGUCAAUGGCAAUGGCAAGAGGCACAGUCCAGACAGGAGGGAAGACAGCAGCUUUGAGAGGGAGCCGCUGCCGACAGAGCCUCCAGCCAAGAGGGUUUGCACCAUCAGCCCCGCGCCCCGGCACAGCCCUGCCCUCACCAUCCCCCUGAUGAACCCCAGCGGGCAGUUCCAUCCCACCCCACCACCCCUCCAGCACUACACCUUGGAAGAUAUUGCCACCUCCCACCUCUACAGGGACCCCAGCAAGAUGUUGGAGCACAGAGAGAUCCGGGACAGGCACGGCGGGCUUGGAUUGAAUGGAGGCUACCAGGACGAGCUGGUGGAUCACCGCCUGACAGAGAGGGAGUGGGCGGAUGAAUGGAAGCAUCUCGAUCACGCCCUGAACUGCAUCAUGGAGAUGGUGGAGAAGACGCGGCGCUCCAUGGCGGUGCUGCGGCGCUGCCAGGAGGCCGACAGGGAGGAACUCAACUACUGGAAGCGGCGCUGCUCCGAGACAGCCGAGGCGCGCAAGGCGGGCACCGAGCUGCUGAGCCGCCAGCACAGCCCCGCCAGCGCCGACUCCGCGGGCAGCGCAGAUUCCCUGCGGGAGUUCAGCAGCAGGUCGGGAACAGGCUACGUCACGGAGGAGAUUUGGAAGAAAGCCGAAGAAGCUGUGAACGAGGUGAAGCGGCAGGCCAUGUCGGAGGUGCAGAAGGCGGUGGCUGAGGCGGAGCAGAAGGCGUUUGAGAUGAUCGCGUCGGAGCGGGCGCGCAUGGAGCAGACCAUCGCCGACGCCAAGCGCCAGGCCACCGAGGAUGCCUUCCUCGUCAUCAACGAGCAGGAGGAGUCCACCGAGAGCUGCUGGAACUGCGGCCGCAAGGCCAGCGAGACGUGCAGCGGCUGCAACAUCGCCCGGUACUGCGGCUCCUUCUGCCAGCACAAGGACUGGGAGAGGCACCACCGCAUCUGUGGGCAAAGCCUGCACGGGCAGAGCAAGCCCCUGGCACUGCCCACGGGCCGGGUGGCAGCGGCCACCAAGAGCCUCGAUGGCAUCCCCAGCCCGGCCCUCGAGAAGACCUCGGCCACCACCUCGCGCUCCUCCACGCCGGCAUCCGUGACAGCCAUAGACACGAACGGACUCUAGGAGGGAGGCUUUGCUUUGCUCUGGAUGAGAUCCCUGGGGUUUUUUAAGCUGAAAACCUCCCCGCAGUAACUGUUAUCACUUGACAUUAUUUGACACAUCGCGCCGCCUCCUCGGAGCGCAGACGCUCCGCCUUUGCCCUCUCAUCCUGCCUUUUCCUUUGUGGUUCCUGACCUGGGGUGAGCCUCGCCUGCAGCAUCUCUCUGCUCCUCUCAGGGGGACACCAGAGCAGAGUCAGGACCUGGGGGACACUAGGCACCCGCUUGGGGACCUGGACUGGGGGCAGAGCGCUGGCACACGCCGGAGAUGCUGAGAGUGUGGUGCCCAAACGGGGAGCCCUGUCCUUGUGGCAUGCUCGGGCUCGCUUCCCAAGGUGUCAGAGCCACCACUGCCUCCUUCCACCACUUUUCCUCCAUCAUAUCCAGUGUUCUUUCCCUACUCCCAGCCUCAGGUGGCUGUGCAGGCCGAUUGUUGUUGUGAACAGACCAGAGCCAAUUUCCCAGUGGGAGCAUCUCAUCCUCUGUGCAAUGGCAAAAGCUGAGCCCACUUCUCCUCCUCCAGGCUGGCAGCUGAGGGUUGCAGAGAGGGAGGAGAGGAUUUGUCUGCUCUAAAACAAGUGGCAGUGGCAGGGAGGUACUGCUGAAUGGCCUGGAUUUCAUCCUGGCCUGUGGUGAGACAGACAGUUGGGUGUUUCCUUGUGCUGGGGGAACACGUGCAGAGCACAUCUGGGCUGGGUGCAGGUGCCCUUUCCACCUGGGGGCCGUUGUUUUGGUUUUUCACUGCCUGGAAGCUGCUGGUUUGUGAGUUCCUGCUGUUGUUUUUGAGCCCAGGGAUCCUCACUGGUGCGAGGGGUUGUUUACAGCCUGUGCUCUCCACACACAUCAGCCACAUUGGUAAAAGAAAGGCAGGACUUGGUGUCGAUUCUUAUCCCCAGUUCCAGGGGGUUCCUGCAGUGCUGCAUCCAGACAUGCCCAGGGAUGUGCAUCCACCUUCAGAGAUUGCCCCAGAAACAGGACCAGAGUGAGGUCCCCUGGGGCUGGGGGACAGCCUGGGGAGAUCUGUCCAGCAGAGUCCCUGUGGUGUGGAAGGAGGCCUUGGAGGGCCUCAGGGCAGUGCAGGUGACAGCACAGCCCUGCAGCAGGGCUGGCCCAGCAGGGUCCCAGAGGGUGGCAGUGGCACAGCCCAUGGGAGGGAGGGCACAUGCCCUCCAGGAACCGCUCCCCACUCCCACAGCCUCACUCAGGGGCUCUGGAAAUCCAUCUCUUCAGCAGAGCUGUGCUUCCCUGACUGUGUGUGUGCCACUGCUGCGCUGGAGCCCAAUGAGGCGAGUAAUUCCCAAAUUAUUUCUGAUCACUUUUUCAAUUGGAGGUGAAUAAUGGAGCUUUAAUGAGUCGUCACGGCGUUGAGCAGGGCACCUGCUGCUCCAGGCCUGGCCCCUCGGGAAAGCUCCUUGGGAAGCUGCUGUUGUGGGAUAGAGCUGGUGAUUCCCUGGCUGCAGGGUCUCAUUAAGAAGCCACGAGGUCUCCUGGUGUUGAAGACAGCUCCAGUGGCCCUGGGAUGUCUCCCCUGUGUCGCCAGGAGUUGGUGCUGGAGCCCAGCCCUGGCAUUGAGCUCCCAGAGGGGUGGCACAGGAGCCACCCUGCCCUGCAGCAGCCCAUCCCUGGGGUGUUCAGGGCACUCAGGGGGCAUUUCCUGCCCUAAGGGCACAGGGACACAUUUGGAGCCUCAGGUGGUUGUGAUGUCCCCUCCUCACCUGCAGCCCAGCCUCAAGCUGUGGUGGCAGUGCCAGGGUGGGGUGGGAAGAGCAGGGCUGGAAGGAAUUGCUUGUAAAUAGAUUGUCUUCCAUAAUUCUCAUGCAACGUUGAUGGCCGUGUAUUAAAAUUAACCCCAGUGUAAAUGAAUGAAAUACUAACAGUCAUGAUUAGAAUGAUUGCUUCUUUCUUUUUUUGUUGUUUUUUUUAAAGAUGGAAUGAUAAAUGUGAACUUGGGGCGUGGGAAGACAUUGGGUUGAGGUUUAUAUUUUUUUUUUGACAUUUAAUUCUGUAAUAGAAAUUUGUUACUUCAUUCCUGUGCAUAACUUAUUUAAUGUCCUGUAUAAAGGAACCCAAACUGUUACAGAUGUAUUUAGUUUGUUCUACUCAAAAGUAGUCAAUAAAAAGACUAUAUUCA